CUGACAGACAUUAAUGAGCUGGAAUGGGCUGUACAUGUUCUUCUUCAACAACAAGCCAUGAAAGUACUGAAACGAAGACAAGAGGAGCUGAAAAGUGAAUCUGCUUACAUUCAGCAUCUGACAAGUGGGAAUGACAAACCAAGGGAAGGUGGAUUGGACAGUGAUGAGAAGACACAGCUUCUGGAAAUGUGUGAGCACCGAAGGAGUUGCAGACGGCAGGCGAGAGAGCAGUCAGGAGGAGCUGAUCACCACGAAGGCAUGUCGAGUGAUGAUGAGCUGACUCCCACAGAGGUGGAUGAGUUCCAGAAGAGCAAAGAUAACGUUUUAGAGGAUAGUAGGAAAGUCUUUGAAGAUGUACAUGCAGAUUUUUGUGACACCAGAAAAAUCCUGUUGAAAUUCCAGGAAUGGAAAGAGAAGUUUCCUGACUCUUACUGUGAUGCCUAUAUCAGUUUCUGCCUGCCUAAGCUAUUAAAUCCAUUGAUCAGAGUUCAGUUAAUAAGUUGGAAUCCUCUUGAGAAUUUUACAGAGUUGGAAGAGAUGCCCUGGUUCAGAGCUAUAGAAGAAUUCAGCAAUGUAGAAAACGUAUCUGAGUCAAAAAGGGAUGAUGACCAUGAUCAAGAAGUUUUGCCUAGAGUGAUUGAAAAAACUGUUCUUCCCAAAAUUACAGCAUUUGUGAAGAGUGUGUGGGAUCCUUUAUCUACUUCACAGACAAAGAACCUUGUACAGCUUUGCAAUAACAUCUUCGGAAAACAAGUCCUAUCCAAAAUUGAGUCUAGUCGAGCAAGAGAGGAAUUGAUAAACAUAGUUGUCCUAAGAAUGCAGAAAUCUGUAGAGGAAGAUGUCUUUAUUCCUCUGUAUCCUAAAAGUGCUGUGGAAGACAAGUCAUCACUAUGUUCAAAAUUUCAAGAAAGACGGUUUUGGUCAGCUGUUAAGCUGCUCUCCAAUAUUGUUCUCUGGGAUGGGAUUGUCCAAGAAGAGAAGGUCCGUGAUUUGGCGCUGAGCAAGUUGCUGAAUCGUUACCUUCUCCUGAACAUCUUAAACACACCUCUAGGGCUGGAUAAUAUAGAGAAGUGUAAUAAGGUGGUUGAAUGCCUCCCAGAAGGAUGGUUCCAAGAUCUUAGAAGUGGAUCAACUCUCCCCGAAUUGCUGAACUUGUGCCAGCAUUUACUGCAGUGUGCCUGUACUCUACACAAGAAUAACCACAGUGAUGAAACAAAAGAAGUUCUUCUCUUGCUGGUGAAAAUUGGAGCUCUGCGUAUUGUUGAAGACUUCAUUGAAGAGCAUAAACUUGAACACCUUAAAUCAGUGAUUGGGAAAUAG